GCAUCAACUGGAAUGAAAAGAACCCAGAGGCCCCAGUCGCUUUAUGGCAGUGACUCAGUAACGUGCAGAAACUCGUAAAACUGUCUAAAGUGCUGAAGACAAAGGUUGUGUGCUAACGGCUUUGAGGUCUUCCUUCUUUCAGGAGCAAAACGCUGAUUCCUUGAAGACAUGAGUUCUCAGACGAGUCUUGGCAGCAGCAUGCUUUUCCAGAGCAUAAACGAUGACCUGAACGCAUCACUGGCCACAGCAGAUGAGCUGUCCAGAGAGUUCAACUCUCUGCUGACGGAGGCCUCGUCCUCCAACAACAAAAAGGCUGCUUCUGAGACUAUCUCUCUGACCCCGUGGGAGAAGCCUCAGUCUGAUUUCCCCAAAAGCCCUGUCCCUAAAAAAGAGUCAGGUACCAUCAGUAAUGGCAGCUCCAUGCCUUAUUCUCCAACCACAUCUUCAUCACGUCCCUACAAGUCUGUCACCUCCAGUGAUAAAAAUACAGUGUCCCCUACUGCGUUCUCAACUACCUUACUCUUAUCCCCCAAUAUCCGUACGGGAACACACUCCCCCCUCUCUCACAUUGGAUCCGACAGCUACAAUUACGACCAGAUAAGUCCUAAACAGUCCCCUCAUUCCAGGAGGCGCAAUUCCCCUUCUCGUUAUGACCGCAGCCCAAGAGGUUCGAUUAGUUAUGUGGACAGCAGUCCUAGCCCAAGUGCUACACCCACUUCACCUCAGUUCCCAUUGCAACUAUCACCUCGCUCCCAAAGGCGCACUUCCAAUUAUCAUUAUGACCAAAGCCCACGAGGUUCAAUUAGUUGCAUGGAUGUUAGUCCUGCUCCAAGUCCUACAUCUGUUUCAUCUCAGUCAGCACUGUACCCAUCGUCCAAUCUUCUAACCCCCUAUGACAACAGCCAGAUGGGCCGCAGGUCACCACGGCGAGACAGAAGUCCGUCUCCUCUGUCCUUGAAUUAUCCAGCUUUCAACUCCCUCAGUCGAAAUAGUGGUGGUUUCAGGCAACCAGAUGAUGUGCACCGACAAAAGAGUCCUGGCAAAUGGAGUGAGACAGACCUGGAUAUGGCCUACGAGAGGAAACCACAUCACACACAAAAGACAGAGCGGGUGUGGCCUUCUGUGUCAAGCAGCAGCUGGAGAGAAUCCAACCUUGAUGGUCCCCCUGCACCCCCUGGUGCCAAAAAGGAUCCUCGUUCUCAGUCUGCACCAUAUUCUUAUGGUUCUCUUGCCCGUAACACCUUUGUGACAGAUGGUUCGUCUCCAGUCCAUUCCCCAUACCACCCUCAGCCCAUCAUCUCUCGUAUUCCUAUGCCCCCAGUGUCUCCUCAGUCUCGCCAGCACAAACCCAUCCCUCUGUCACUUAUCAUGCGUCUCCAAGACCCCACAUGGGGAAUGCCACCUGCUCCCCAGCCCAGAGCAAUGGGAGAUGAUGAUAACAUGCUGCCUUAUCAACCAGCUGGCCCUUUUCCAAGAGAGUUCCACCAGCCUGUGCAGCACCUACAGCCACAUCCACCUGAGACGAGACAGCAGCCCUUAUACAGUGAAGUGCUGAAACCAGGGGAUGUAGAUGCGGAGGUAGAGCAGAUCGGCCUUGCCUAUCACAUGACUCCAGAGAGCCCCAGCACUCCAGAGGGUAGCAUGGAAAAACGAGUUAAAGUUCCUCGGCCCCUCAGCCCUACCAGGCUGCAGCCAGUGUUGGCCCCAGAGGCCCAGAAAGCAGAGAUCCCUAACGUGGAAGAGCUGCUCCGCAUUCGUGCUGAAAUUCCUCGUGCCCUUAAGAGGCGGAGCUCUGAGGACCAAUCUCUGCCCUUGAAGAAGGCUUCCCAGUACGAACCAAACCAGUACAAAUUUCUCAUCAACAAGCUCUUUCAUAGGAGGGCUUGCCGCAGAAAGGCUGAGCGAGGGAGCGAUAGCAGCAGCUCUUCCGAUGACGAGGACACCUCUUCGCUACCUGUACAAACACCUCCGAUGCCACCGCCCAGUCCACAUGAUUACAAAACGUUUUUCACUUUCUCGAAGCUCCCGUUCUGUUUUUCCUCACAGAAUUAUCAUUCCAUUCUGAGGCCCACUCUGAAGCGCCCGAGUUCUGGAAGACGAGCUCGACUCAGCCCUCUGGUCCUGUUGCUGGAUGGAGCAUUGGUCGGAGAGUUGGAGAUAGUGCAGAAGGCUGUGCAGGAGAUGCAGGACCCGAGCCAACCCAACGAUGAAGGCAUCACUGCCCUUCAUAACGCCAUCUGUGGGGGCCAUUACAAAGUGGUGGAAUUCCUGGUUGGCAUUGGAGCAAACGUCAGUGCUCCAGACAGCCACGGCUGGACUCCACUGCAUUGUGCAGCCUCAUGUAACGACCGCCCACUGUGUGAGUUUUUGGUGAGGAACGGAGCAGCUGUCAUGGCUAUGACUGAGAGCAACGGUGCCACAGCCGCCCAGAUGUGUGACCCGUACGCUGUGAGAUUUGAGGAGUGUGAGAGCUUUCUACGAGGUAUGGAGGACGCCAUGGGGGUGGAGAACAGCGGGGUGCUGUACGCUGUGUGGAGCUAUCCGGCUCAGAUGGCAGAUGAACUGAGCUUCAAAGAGGGAGACAUGGUCACCAUCCUGCAGAAACCUGAGGGGUCCGACUGGUGGUGGGCGUCGCUUUGUGGCAGAGAGGGUUUUGUUCCAAACAACUACUUUGGGCUUUUUCCAAAGGUCCGGCCAAAAUCUCUGUGUUAAGUUUCCCAUGUUACACUGCCAUGGAGAUUCUCUGGACCUGCGUUACAGCAUCACUGAUCUGACUGUGUGGUCGUGAGCAGGCUGAGAUAGGAAUGGACGAGGAGUCUUACCAGUGUUUGCCUUAUGACAGAGACAUGUUUGCUGUAUGAUAUUACUUUUUGUAAAUCUGUGAUCUGCUAUCUCUGUUCUGCAUGUUUGUGUUCCCAUCAGAAGUGUUUAAACAGUAGUUGCAGGUCAUUGUUUUUCCCUGUGAUUGCUCAAUUUAGUUUUCACAGAGAGCUAAACCAGCCUCCUGUUUACUGCGGCUGAGUUGACCGUUGUGACUCUGAAGUUACAAAGUGAACAGACUUUUAUAUUUUUGCUAAUCUGUGUACAUACGUAUCCUUGUUUUUUUUCCAAAUGUGCCAACCUUCUUGAUUCUGUUACUAGGUAUUUCCUGCUGGCAUUGUCAUGUGGAUAGUCUACGGUUUUACAGGCCCAAAUGCCGUCUUUGAAUUUGUAAAAGAUCAGUCAUGAUUAUGAGGGACACAGAAAAUGUUAUUGUUUUUGUUGCACUAAUCAGCUGCAGGACUUCUUAAAGUAGUUGUAUAUCUGCUUGUAACCUGAGUCCUACCCUGUUGUGUUGACGUAUACAAGGCCACUUAAAAAAGAUUUCUCAGCGUCACUCGGAAACAAAGGUUUCUGGAGGCUGAGGGCGUGACCUUCCUCUGCAAGGGGAUAGUGAAGCUUGGACAUCAGUGAACAACUUCAUUAACCACGAAGGCUAAUGAAGACUACACUGAAAGAAAUACUGUAAGAACAGUCUUUCUCCUGUGAUGUUUUCUGGGUACGUCCGAGAACUUUUUGAAGUGCCUGUGUAUGAUUUGCCUGGGAUGAGGUUUUACCCAGGUAAUAUUAAGUUGUGUAAUAUUUGGCUCUGCUGUCGAAAGGGUUCUUGUACAUUGUAUUAGGGGUAAAACAAUUUCGGAUAACCAGAAAAGAACUUUAAAGUCCAAAAAAAAAGUGCAGUUUCUUCAGAAAUACUAACCUGUCCUGGAUAUGUAACAUUCUGAACACACUAGCAGAUGAUAAAUGUUUUAUUUUUUCCUAAUGACUAAUGAACAAAGGUCACCUGGUAACUCAAUAAACAUGUUUGUUUCAUCGUAUUAUAACAGCAUACGGUCCAUCCAGAAAGUAUUCACGGCGCAUCACAUUUUCCACAUUUUGUUGUUACAGCCUUAUUCCAAAAUGAAGUAAAUUCAUUUUUCCCCUGAAAAUGCUACUCACAACACCCCAUAAUGACAA